CAAAACUCUCCACGGCAAAGGAAAAGAGGGAAAAAAGUUUAGCAAGUCAAACAUGCGAUGCUCAAAUAAUUUGAGGAGAUUGUCUAUCACAUAUUCACCAAGUAAUCGUGGUUCAAACACUGUUCUAUUGCCAACUUUGGGUUAUGUGGUGGAAUACACAAAUUUCCAAGCAAGCAUGGUACAUUCAAAUUAUAAUACAUCGGUUUUGAAGAGUGAAUCCGGAUUUGGCAAGCAUUUCCAGUUAAAACUUGGUCAGGAUUUAGCUGAAACUCUAUCUUCGAAGGAAGAUAGUCUACUGGACAGUUGCCAGGACUCAUCUAGAAGUCCAACUGACCAGAAAGAGAAGCAAACAAAAAGAAAGAGAAAACAUGGAAAUAAGGGGAGGGUACCAUGGAACAAAGGCAGAAAACAUACUGCAGAGACUCGUGCACUAAUCAAGAAGAGAACAAUAGAGGCCUUGAGAGAUCCCCAGGUUAGAAAGAAGAUGUCAGAACAUUCCUGUGGCCAUAGUGAUGAAGUCAAGGAAAAAAUAGUUUCUUCACUUCGGCGAUUCUUCACUUCGGCGACUUUGGGGUAAGCGUUUGAAAUGGAAAAGGCUAAGAGAGAAGUUCUUUCUGUCAUGGACCAAAAGCAUAGCAGAAGCAGCAAGGAAAGGAGGUAUUCACCAACAAGAGCUAGAUUGGGACAGCUAUGAUAAUAUAAAAGAAGAAAUAACUCUCCAACAGCUUCAGAAUGCAAUGGACAAAGCUAAAGCAAAGGAGCUAGCGAAGAUAAAAGCUGAGAGAGCAGCACAGGCAAAAGCAGAAAAGAUGGCAGUGCUUGCUCAAAAGAGAAAAGAAAGGGAAGAGAAAGCAAAAGCAAGAGAAGAAGCAAAGAAAAUGGCAGGCAGAAAAGCAAAGAGAAAAGCAGAUAAGCUCUCAGUUGUCAAGGAGUUGACUAUUCAACAGAGAUUAACAAAGAUUCGGAAAAAGAAAUCCAUAAAUAGUCAGGUAAUUACUCCGGGGGAAGCAUUGAUUUCCCACAGUCCAGCUUGGAAGAAAUUGAAUGUAAAGAUUUUGAACAGAGAAAAGGUUCAAAGAGAAGUUUCACUUGCAGAUCAGAUCAGAGCCGCCAAAAAUAAAAGAACUGAACCCAUGGCAAGAAAACCUUUAGCAGAAUCAAUUACUGAUAAUUUUUUGACAUGGAGGUCACUAGAGUAACCCCCUGAGUUACAUUGUCAGUGGCAUCAGCAAACAUGACAAGCAACAAGCACCAACUGCAAGUUGCAUAAAAAUUUACAGUUGGAAGAGGCGUAUAGUGGGGAGGGUGAGACUCCAAACCUGGCUGACUCGGUAACUGGUGGAGUCUUACCACAUGACUAAAGCUAAAUCUCCUGUAUGAUCGCUUGGAAAAUUUUUCAUUUUUUCUUGGUUGGCUAUUAAAAAUUUAGAGACUGUGAAAAAAGUUUUAUCACAAAAUUAUAAUCUUAAUUAUUUAUCAUA